GAGAGGGUCCUUUGGGAAGAGUCACAAAGCGAUUCCGUCAGAGCAGCGAGGAGUCAUCCGCGUCGGACAUCACCGACUCUACAGCGCGUCCUGGAUCACGGGACUGAGGCAAAGCCGGGGACAAAAGAGUGAAGAGAAGAAGAAAGAAGUGCCAGACAAUGAUGACAUCCGAUCCGGGCGCUGGUGGAUCUCUUUUUCUGCCCUUCUGACAGCUCAAACUUUGGAUCUUAGCGCGUCGGGAUUGACUUUCAGCGUGGAGUCAAUUUCUGUUCCUGUCAUCCUUUAACGCCGAGAUUUAAAUGUUUGGACACUUUGGAUCUCAGUUCUCUUGUGUGAUUCGCGCUCAGUUGUAGGAUCCACUCCAUUAGCUGGACCAGAGGAAUAAAGAGCGCAGUGCGUGAUUUCGGCAGAGGCGCACGCAGUGGCGGACAGGAGCGCGUCCGCGUUGAUCCAGCAGCGGGACAAGCGCGCAUUCGGGAAGAGAGACAACAGCGCACGUUCGUUCAUGUUUGGGAUCCAGGAGAGCAUCCAGAGAAGCGGCAGCGGUCUGAAAGAGGAGCCGCUGGGAGGCAUGAACGUCCGGAGCUGGAUGCAAGGGGGCGGCGUGCUGGACGCCAACACGGCCGCCCAAAGUGGAGUUGGCCUGGCCCGGGCUCACUUUGAGAAGCAGCCGCCAUCCAACCUGCGGAAGUCCAACUUCUUCCACUUUGUCCUGGCUUUGUACGACCGGCAGGGACAACCGGUGGAGAUCGAGAGGACCAACUUCGUGGAUUUCAUCGAGAAAGAGAAGGAGACAAGCGGAGAAAAGACCAAUAACGGGAUUCAUUACAGGCUGCAGCUUCUGUACAGUAACGGCAUCAGAACAGAGCAGGACUUCUACGUUAGACUCAUAGACUCCAUGACUAAACAGCCAAUUGUUUACGAAGGCCAAGAUAAGAAUCCAGAGAUGUGCAGAGUGCUGCUGACGCAUGAGAUCAUGUGCAGUCGGUGCUGUGACAAGAAGAGCUGUGGAAACCGUAAUGAGACACCCUCAGACCCUGUUAUCAUCGACAGAUUUUUCCUCAAGUUUUUCCUCAAGUGCAACCAGAAUUGUUUAAAGAAUGCAGGAAACCCACGAGACAUGAGAAGGUUCCAGGUGGUUGUUUCAACUACGGUGAGCGUGGAGGGACACGUCCUGGCUGUCUCCGACAACAUGUUUGUCCAUAACAAUUCAAAACAUGGCCGAAGGGCCCGCAGGCUCGACCCUGUGGAGGGAACACCAUCUUACCUUGAGCACGGAGCAGCUCCCUGCAUUAAAGCUAUCAGUCCCAGUGAGGGCUGGACUACGGGAGGCGCCACCGUCAUCAUCAUAGGGGACAACUUUUUCGACGGCCUUCAGGUUAUCUUCGGUACCAUGCUGGUUUGGAGCGAGCUGAUAACGCCACACGCCAUCCGGGUGCAGACGCCUCCCAGACACAUCCCAGGGGUCGUAGAGGUCACUCUGUCCUACAAGUCUAAACAGUUCUGCAAAGGGACACCAGGGAGGUUCAUAUACACAGCACUGAAUGAGCCAACCAUAGACUACGGUUUCCAGAGGCUUCAGAAGGUUAUCCCUCGGCACCCAGGGGACCCCGAGAGGCUUCCAAAGGAAGUUAUUCUAAAAAGAGCUGCAGACCUGGUGGAAGCCCUCUAUGGACUGCCUCAUAAUAACCAGGAGAUCAUCCUUAAACGAGCGGCAGAUAUUGCAGAAGCUCUCUACAGCGUUCCUCGAGGACACACCCAGCUCUCCAGCUCAACUCACUCGAGCAUGAUGGGAGUGAACUCCUUCACCGGACAACUGUCCGUCAACGUUUCCGAACCCUCACAAGCCAAUCAGGGGUUUGUACGCAGCAGCAGCAGCGUGUCACCCCACGGUUAUGUACCCAGCUCUACACCUCAGCAGACCAGUUACACCUCAGUCAGUAGCACCAUGAAUGGCUACACCAACAACGCCGGCAUGACCAACCUCGGAGGCUCGCCCACUUUCCUCAACGGCUCUGCGGCCAACUCGCCUUAUGCUAUUGUUCCAUCCAGUCCCACCAUGGCCUCCUCCACAUCCCUACCAUCCAACUGCUCUUCCUCUUCUGGAGUCUUCUCCUUCUCUCCAGCCAACAUGGUGUCAGCUGCCGUUAAGCAGAAGUCUGCCUUCGCUCCGGUGGUCAGACCCUCAUCGUCCCCUCCACCUUCCUGCACCAGUGCUAACGGAAACGGACUCCAAGAUCAAACAUUUGUGGACUCUAGCAAGUACUCAUCAGCUGCCUCUCUACAAGGCCUGGCCUUCACCUGAACCAUCCCGGGGAUGAUCAUCCCGCCCAUGUAGAGGUGUGAGUGUGUGAUCGUGUGUUUCUGUAAGAGUUGAACACACUCUGUCGCUGAUCCCGAAGGAGGAUUUGGUGUAAGUCAGACUCCGGUCGCGGAUGGAAGCAUCCGUCUAUAGCUGAAGGAACAAAACCAACUCAGGCCCUUUUUAACACAAAAGAACAAACACAAGAAGAACAAAAAACUGCAAGAAAAUUGUCAUUUGGACAUUAUGCACUGUAAGGCUUUUAUAGGAGAACGGCCACGCCUGCGUUAUGAUUCUCUACGAUUGAAGGAAGAGAAAAUUUCCUUCCUUACAUUUCUAUUUUUCUUUUUGUGAAACAGGUGAUGUGUUUUAAUUUUCUUCAACUGUAAAAUGAGCGGUUUUCUAUUUAUGACGUCACCGAAGGAGAAUAAUGUGAAGAUCUGAUGACGCUGAGUUUAAAUGAGGAAGGAGGUACCGGGGUCUGAUCCAGCCAACACAGACAAGCCAAACCAGAUUCGCCAAAUUCCCACCCCACUCAUCAGCUUUCAGACCAACAUUUCUCCUCUCUAGAUUCAGCUGAAGGACUCAGAUGUUUCCCAGCAUCACAUGAUGUUGCAGUCAAAGCAAAACCAGUGUUUACUUUCAGCUUACAUCUGCUUUCAUAUGUUAGAUUUUAUAUUAGAUGUACAAAAUGAUGUUUUGUUUAUUGCCGAAGUGAAAUAAAUUCUACAAGUGAUUUUUUUUACUAGAUUUGGUAAUAACUAAUUUUAUGCAGCUGGAUGCCAACAGAUGUUCUGAGUCCUCCCUCCGUUUCUGCAACCAAAUCUGAAGUUGGUGUGAACUGUCCACUUUUAGGAGAAAGAACAUGUCUUAAAGGACUGCUGCCAUUUUGAUUUUGAUUUUUUUUUUUUUUUUUUUUGUAUUUAUGAUAUUUGCUUUGUAGAGUUUUUCAUAGAUAAGUUCAUUCUUGUUUUUCUGGUUUGCUGCAUUGUUAAAAUUAUAAUGGUGGCCAAUCAGAUUUGAACUGGUUCAUGUGGCUGUUUGGAUGAGAGAAUUAGCCAAUGAUGUUGCUGCUCUGGGAGGAAUGUUUGAUCAAAAAUCUGCAGCUCAGUAUUAAAGUCCAUCCUUGUCUUAAAUUAUGAACAUCGAUGUGAGAAUUCGCAAAAUUUUAUUCUAAAAUUUUAGUAAAAAAUUAUUGUUAGUUCAGUUCAAAAUGCUGCAAGCUGAUUUAUGUUAUGACCUUAAAACUCUUUACAACUAAAAGUGCCAAGAAAGUCAGAGAGGUGAUGGAAACAUUUGAUUCAGUGAGAAAUAGGAAAUAUUAUUAUUUUGCAGGAUUUUUGUCACUUUUUGCAUUUAUUUCAUAAAUGAGAGUUGUUUUAAACUUACUGCGUUCCCUUGCCUUCCACUCAAGUGUUUUAUGUGCACAAAAAUGUAAGAAUCAGAUCAAAUUUAUUUAUCUAAUAUUUGUUAUUUCAUUCAAAUUUGAAGCGAAUCUUUGAAAAACCUCUACACAAGAGGUAAACAGAAAACAUGCAGUUUGUUGUGUAAAGCUAUGGAUCAUCUGCAAAGAAAGGUAAUUGCUCAUUGGGUAAAUGUGUGUUGUCUUUCAAUCAUUUUGACAUACUUUAACACUGCAAAAAAACUAUUUUCAAGAAAGUUUUUAAAAGCCUUAUUUUAGUCAUUUUGUCUUCAUUUUGGUUUAAAGAAUUCUGGCCAACCAACGUUUGCUUACCCCAUUGGAAGGUUGUUUUAUUCAAAACAAGAAAAUUUAACAUAUCAAAGAAUAUUUACCUUAUUUCAAGUAAUGCAGUUUUUCUUUUUAGACUAAAAUAAAAUAAAAUGACUUUUAUUUACUUUCUUGAAAAUUAAAUUUUGCUAUGUAGUUGCAAUAAAUGCAAACCAACUAUACCAGAUUUUUAAAAGUUAAUUCCUGUCUUUUAUUUUUUAAUGCAAUUUUAGGCUGCAAUUUAGAACCAAGACAAUUAAAACAAAAAACUCUGGGUUAGCCACUAGAGAAGGACAAUUUUUGAGGAUCUACACACAAUUUCUGCAUAUGUUCUGUUAAUUAGGACCAAUGCAUUUGCUUUAUUAUGAAAUCUGACUAAAUCCUCCACACAGGAUUUGCUUCCUCUCUAAGAAUGUAUGAUGUCACAAAUUUAAAUCUUCAGUGUGUUUCUCAACAGUCUUAAUGUGUGUUAUGUGUAAUUUCACCAAAAUCACCUUUUUUGACAGAUGACUGCAGUCUAAUAUUACAGCGUGUGAUGUUUUACGUAACUUUGUUUAACACAUAAUCAGAAACAGAAAGGCUUCAAUAAGCAUGACUGGUGUGUUCACAAAAUGUCACGAUUGGUUCAUAUUUGAUCUUUACCCUAACUGACAUUUAUACUGCAAAAACUGAUUACCAAGAAAAAAAAAUUAAAUCCAACUCUUUAGACAUUUUUUCUUGUUUUUAGUCUAAAGAGAAAAAAUGUUAUCAACAAAUAAAAACACUACUUGAAAUAACAUAAAUAUACUUAAAUUUGACUAAAAUUUCUUGUUGCUCACAACAAGCUGGUUCUGUUGGAGGUUUUGUCCUGUUAAAGGGGAGUUUUUCCUCUCCACGGUCGCUACAUGCUUGCUUAGCAUGAAGAUUGCUGUAAAGUCUCUGACACAACAAGUCAGUGAUUUGACGCUUUCUGCUGGGUUCCUUAUAUAGGAAAUUUAACCAAUUGGCACUGAACUCAAUUGGAAUGUUGACUUUGUGAAGUGCCUUGAGACGACUGAAUAAACUGAAUAGAAAUUUUCAGUGUAAAAGUCUGCCGGGGUGAGCAAAAGUAAAACAAGCAACCUAUGCUUACCUCAUUGGCAAAUUUUUACUAGAAAGUUUGAUCAUAUUUAAGAAUAUUUAUCUUAUUUUAAGUAGUUCUGAUUUUGCAGAAAUCAGCCACAGGAAAUCUUUAUAAACUAUUAAGGCGAGAUAAAAUGUUUUAAAACAUUUUACUUUUCUUGAAAAUCAAUUUUUGCAGUGUACAUGCUGAACAGGAAUGAUUUGCAAUCAAAUAAAUCUCGUCAAAAUAAAGGUAUCAUGAAAGAAUUGUGAAAAACGAGGGUAGUUGUCAAGAUUUAAAUAAAAAGUCUUAUAACGGAUGUGUUUUUAGGAAAAAAUGAUGUUUACAUCCCAAAAUAGGUGUGACAGGAUUUAAAUUUUACAAAGAUAUCAUGUUGUUUUUGAAUGAUUGUGUUUGUUAAAAGCCAUAUUUCCACAGGUUGUCAAUCAGACUGAUUUAAGCCAUGAUGUGUUUGUUUUUAUUAGGAUGGAAGAAGGACGUUUUAUUCAGUUUGUCAUGUUGGUAUAUUCUUAUAGCAUCAUUUUGUUGUGUAUUUAGAUUUAAAAUCUCUGUUAUAUUUAAUAAUGUAUGAUUGCAUCUUAUGCAGCUGAGUUUCAGAUGGAACAAAACAACCCAAUGAAGGAAAUGUUUCUCUUCUUCCCCUUUCCAAGCUUUAAAUAUUAAUUUUUUUGUCUGUUUUAUGUGUGUAUGUAAAUUAGACUUACUCUUCUCCCAUAUCACCCCUCCAUUUGUAACUUUUUCUGAAUUUUCUCUAUAAAAUAAAUGAGCCACCUAUUUUAUUUGAUCUCAGUCCUGGGCCUGGAGACCACUGUUCUGGUUGCUUCUGAAUGUUACACAUGACUGUCAGGAAAAUAUGUGACAUUUCAGAGCAGAAAGGGGGUUUUAUGGCUAUUUAAUGAAAUACUUGUAAAGUAAAGAUGGAGAGCACUUGCUUGAUAGCAGUAAAAUCAUUUAUUCUGGCUUGUAUGCGUUCAGGGCAUCAAGACGACGAGUAAAGGGGAAACUACUGUAAAAAUGAUUACGUUGAUUUUGUAAUAUUUUGAACUUUGAAGUGUAAAAUAACUUUUUGACUUUCACUAUAUUUAAUUAAAGUUCUUUCAUCUCUGAGAAAAAAA